UUAGCCACGAAAUCACAUUUCGGUUGAGCUAGCGAAGCGUCAGUUCGUUGCGAAAAAACCGCGUGCUGAUAACUUGUGACAGCUGGCGAUGAGAUAACUGUACAGGUGCCAUGGAUUCGUCUAGUCAAUGAAUUUUUGGGUGUGGAGUUGUGUGUACCACCGAUUUUGUGCAGUGCGAACUUGAGUUUGGCCUUUUUGGUACGCUAUGGAGCCCAGCGAGAAGCAGAGGUUGGAGUAUGAAUUGAACGGUGUUAUGAAAAAUGAGUACGAUGGGACAUCGCCAUUACAAGUGGAAAGACCCAUUUACCAAAUAGAAGACUUGAACAGAGAUACGUUGUAUGAAAAACCUAAUAGAACUCUUAGGUCUAGAUGUCGUAAAACCUGCAGUUCAAUACACCCUGUAGCAGUUAUAAAGAAGACAGUGCCUAUACUAUCAUGGUUACCUGAGUACAGUUGGAGAAAGAGUUUUUUCAACGAUAUUAUUAGUGGUAUUACGGUGGCCAUCAUGCACAUACCACAAGGUAUGGCUUAUGGAUUGCUAGGUGGUGUGCCGCCGGUGGUGGGGAUCUACAUGGCCUUCUUCCCAGUUCUAGUCUAUUUUAUUUUUGGCACAUCGAGGCAUGUUUCCAUGGGUACCUUUGCCAUAGUGUGUCUGAUGACAGGAAAAGUGGUGAGCCAGUACACCACGAUAGAAAUAACACAAGACGGGACCCUUAAACCCGUGAUGGCCGAAUGGAAUCGUACUAGUAGCGACACCUUUCCGCAAUACACGAACGUGGAAGUUGCGAUGACGGUCACCUUCACGGUAGCCAUGAUACAGUUGGCUAUGUAUGUUUUAAGACUUGGGAUGGUCUCGGAUCUGUUGUCAGAAACCUUGGUCAACGGUUUCACUUGCGCCUCAGCUUUCCACGUGGUCUCCUCCCAACUGAAAGAUCUCCUGGGCCUACACAUCAAGAAGAGACGGGGAAAUUUUAGCUUUUUAUACACAAUAUACGAUUCGAUACUAGCCAUUCCUGGUGCUAACUUGAAAGCGAUGAUGAUCUCUUUCAUAGCUAUGGUGAUACUUGUGGCAAAUAAUGAAUUAUUCAAGCCAUGGUUGUCGAAGAAAACUAGGAUACCAUUCCCCAUAGAGCUGGUGGCUGUCGUGAUAGGGACUACUGUCAGUUAUUUUGGCAACUUGAACGCGAAAUAUAAUAUCAGCGUUGUAGGACACAUCCCAACAGGAUUACCAGAACCGGCCCUGCCUGCUUUUGAACUGAUACCCCACAUCUUCCUGGACUCUUUCGUCAUCACCAUGGUCUCAUACACCGUCACCAUGUCCAUGGCCCUGAUCUUCGCCAGGAAGCUGAUGUACGAAGUAGACUCGAAUCAGGAACUUCUGGCGUUGGGUGUCAGCAACACUGUCGGAUCUUUCUUCUCUUGCAUACCGAUCACGGCCUCGCUGUCGAGGUCGAUGAUCCAGCAGGCGGUAGGAGGGGUCACCCAGAUAGCCUCGGUGGUGUCCUGCUGCAUCCUCCUGGUGAUUCUGCUGUGGAUAGGGCCGGUUUUCGAGACGUUGCCCAGGUGCGUUCUGGCGAGCAUCAUCGUCGUAGCUCUCAAGGGCAUGCUCGUCCAGUGCACCGCCGUGUUGAAGUACUGGCGGCUGAGCAAGUGGGACGCCGUGGUGUGGUUCAUAACUUUCGCCACCACCCUCUUCGUCCAGAUCAGUUACGGGCUGGCGGCGGGUGUAGCUGUGUCUUUGCUCAGCGUCUUCAUCCAGGGGUACAAGCCUUAUACUUGCUUGUUGGGCAUCGUGCCCAAUACGGACCUCUACUUGGAUAUCAAGCGGUACAAGGGGGCGCAAGAGAUAGAAGGCCUGAAAAUCUUCCACUACUCCGGAGGCUUGAGUUUCGCCUCUAGGAAUAGUUUCAAAGACCUGUUGAUAAGGAAAACUGGUCUAGAUGCCGCCGCGGUGCUGAGGAAGAGGGUCAAACUGGCGGACAAAGGCCUGGAGGACCAAGACGAGCUCCUCACGAAGUGCAUAAUACUGGAUUUCUCUUGCCUCACCUUCGUAGAUCCGGCUGGGGUUGACUUUUUGCGCACCAUGCAGAGCGACUACGCCAAGCUGGGUGUAUCGAUGUAUAUAGCAGGAUGUUCAGGACCAGUGUACGAAGUCAUAAUGAGAUGCGACAAGGUAGAGAAGAAGGAGAACAAGUUCUUCUUGUUUCCCACAGUUCACGACGCGGUACUGUUCGCUCAAGCUAGUGUUCUAAGCAAAAAAGAUUCGUAGUGUCAUAGAGAAUUUCUAGAAACAUGCCAGUGUAGUAAUUUUUUUAAGAUUAAGCUCAAAAAGCAAUCGGUGGAAUUGUUGCAAUGCAAUAUGGAGUACUUAACUGUUACUUGCCAAACGCAAUACGAUUGAUUUGUGAAAUUUUUAAUAUUUGUGGAGUAUUUUUUGAUUUUUUAGUAUUUUUAUUGUUGUAUUUUUUGAAAGUUUUUUUUUUAAUACUUAUAUGUAUUUAAGCAUACCCAGUGUUGAGAAUACUUAAUUAUGUAGUCGUUUAACAUUGUUUUAAGUAGCAACUGUUUUAUUUUUGUUUGAAUUAUUUUUUCGAACAAGCUGAUGUGUGGCGAGUUUUACUUUUCCGUAGGAAUAUAUUAAUUUUGUAUUUAUUUUUUCUGCGUAAAUAUGUAUUUAUUAAAUUGUUCUCCUGUAAAAUAAAGUAAUA